UCAGCAUGUUCCCUGUGGCUAGGGCUGCUCUGAACCUCGCCGCUCGUGGCAUCCAGCAUACUGCAGUAAGACAAGCUCAUGGCAAAUAUGAGCCUAACUUCCAUGAUAAAUAUGGAAACUUGGUACUUCUUGGUGGAGCCACAGUUUUUACUGCUGUCUGGGGAUAUGUGUUUACAAAAGCUGGAAUUGAGUGGGGCUUGUCACCUGUCGGCAGAGUCACUCCCAAAGAAUGGAGGGAGUAACAGCCUUUGCUUAUAAUGAACUGGUCUAAGCUUUCACUGAAAAAAUGGUCGCGUAAUGGCAUUUGUUCCCUGAUUACCACUUGUACAGUGGCAUUCCUUGUCUAAUAAACAUACCUAGAAACCUG